AUGGCGAAUGCUCUUCAGGUGAUUGGUGAUUUCUCGGAAUCGCACGCCGCGGAGGACGCGGGAGUCCUCGCGUUCACCAUCGUGGCGGGAAACAUCAACGAGUACGCGUCCUCGCUGUCGGGCGUCAUCAAGGCCGUGUUCGACGUCGUCGUGAGCUCGAAUCGCCUGAAGGCCGCUCUCAGGGCGCCCGAACGCUUCAGUCUCGACGCGUCGUUCCUACAGUCGCUGAAAAGCUUUUCGCGCUAUUGCGCCUCCGAGGACACCUCGAGCCCCGCGAGCGUCAACAUCGUGGCCCUGCUCCUCGACCGCCUGGUUGCCCCGCCCCAGGGAACACACCUCGGCGACACGAUCGAACUUCAGAUCGAGGGCGUGGAUCUGCUCAUGGAGUGCCUGGAGCCGACGAUGGGGGUCAUGCGAACCCGCGUCGCCUCCAUCCUGUCGAACAAAACGCAUUCGCCGCACAAGCAUCCCCCCGCCGGGCUCGCACGCGGCCCCAACAGGGUCGUGUGCGAGGAUCUGUUCUCCUGGGCCCAGGCCUGGAACGCCCUGAGAAUGAUCUACGGCGCAGCGACCAGCCUGCUCCUGACGACGAACGUCGUCACUGCGUACGACGUCGCCCGCGCGCGCUCACGCGCUCAGCCCACCGUCCCGCGCAGCAAGUCGCCCCUCGCGACGAAGCUCGUCGCCGUGCUUCUCGACAACGUCAUCCUCUCCACGCUCCUCGGCGCUGAGCGCACCGCGACGGACACUGCGCGGACCAGCACCGUCGAAUGGGAGGCCGUCAUCGUCUCGACCGUCGACCACGCCAACGCAGCGGCCGCGUGCGCCCUGGCCCGCUGCCUCACCAUCGGCCCCGGCACCGCCGCCCGCUCCGUUCCGGACCCUCUCCUUCACCGCGCCAUUCAGUGCCUUUCUGCGCGCGCCGCCGUGGUGCAGGCCGCGAUCCCAACGGUCCCGCGCGCGGCCUGGGACGAGACGGCCGUCGAGCUUGUCAUGGAGGAGCAGGCCUGCCUGGUUCACCUCAGAAAGCUGCUGGAGAGCGCACCGUGUGCUGUCGGCAUUGCGUUUCCCCGCAGCGGGCCGCCGUCGGGCCUCGAGGCGCCGAUCAUGGCCGUAUCGUCCGCGACGCUGCAGGCGUCGGUCCGCGGGGUGCCACGCCGGCCGCCGGCGAUCGCUGCGGCCGCAGCGCUGGCCGCGAUCGCGGCUCAUGCCGCCGGGGACGGCUGCGUCGGCGCGGAACGCGCGGGACUCGACGGCACCGCGCCGCUGUUCUGGAGCGAGGUUCUGUGCGCGGCUGUGGCGAGCGCGGUCGAUCCGAUGCCGGGCCUGGAGCCUCUCGAGAUGGCACACAUCCUGCCGCUGCCCGCCGUGCUGCACGUGUUCGCGGAGAUGGCGCGGCGCACGGUGGAGGAGAUCGCGGCCAGCGAGGUCGAGGCGAGGGCGAGGAUGCUCCGCAGCCUGCAGGAGAGGCUGCCGGCGUACAGGCAGCCUGGGCACGUGGGGUACAACAGGUGGGCAACUCCGUACCACGCCCGUCCUUGGUCGGUGUUCGGCAACCGCGGCGUCUUCCAGUACGGCAUGUUCUCGCGGUACCUGCGCUCGCGCGGGUCCGAGAUCCAAGUCACGACGGCCUACGACUCUGCGCGUUCCGUCCAGCCCGCGGUGCGCGCGCCAGUGGCGCCACUCCGGUUCCAGCAGCCGGCCUGCGCGCCCGCUGAGAUCCUCGUGCGCGUCUGCGACGAGAACCUCCGCGCCGUGAUCCCCAAGCCUCGCCCGUGGGACGCCGCGCGGAACCUGUGGCAAGCCUACCGCCACCUCAGCAGCGGCAAGCUGGCAGAGGCGCUCCGCCGGACCGACCCGAGCGGGACGUCGGACAUCGGGACCCGGCUGGCCUCCGCGUGGCUCGCCUUCGACACGCAAAUGCGCAAGCUCUUCGAGGAGGAUGCAAACACCCCCCUGGGACCCCCCCGGGGGUCUCCGCGCGGGUCCUGGCACCUCGUGCGGUCCGCGCCCGCGCUCGGGCGGCCCAGGCGCGCCGAGCCCAUCACGCCGCCGCAGCGCCAGUUCUGGAGCGGCGGCGACCGGCGCCACGCCGCCAAGUCCGCGCGUCUCGACUUCGCUGCUGCCGUCGCCGCCGACUGCACCUGGUCGCCCGUGGCCGGGGCGCUCGACGCGACCGACGCGAGCGGGAGCGCGGUGACCGCGAACGACGUCCCUGCCACGCCGGCGUCCGAAGUGCUGCCCGCGUCGCCGUCGCUGGCGCCGCCUUUCAUGACCGACCUGUCAGACACCGAGAAGGGGGUGUGCUUCCUGUCGCCGGAGCGCAGCCCGUCGGCGUACCGCACGCCACCGGCGACGCCGCCCGCGGCCACGCGUCAGGGCUUGGAGUCCCCCGAGUACUUGCAGCUGACAGCGCUGGGCUGUGUCAGCCCGGAGAGCCUCGGGUCCCCCCCGGGGACGUGGGCCGCGGCGGCUGAGACCGCGGACCGCGACAGCGGCCCCGCGAAUGCGAAGCGCGGGAUCAAGGGCCGCAAGAAUGGGGGCUGGCGGUGA